GGGAGACACAUGACAAAGGAGGGAGACAAAUGGACAGCUGAGAUUCCACUUAUAUGGUCACUGCUCCAACAUGGCAUGUGCAUGGGACUUUCAGUUUCGGGUCCUGCUGCUGGGGGACUCUGGAGUGGGGAAGACUUCUCUCCUGAGGAGAUAUACUAAUGAAGAAUUUACAGAGACCACCGGACCCACCGUGGGGGUAGACUUCUGCUGCCGGAUCGAAGAACCAGAGGAUGGAGUUAGAGUCAGGCUGCAGUUCUGGGAUACAGCUGGUCAGGAGCGAUAUCGGGCUGUAACAAGAUCUUAUUACAGAAAUGCUGCUUGUAUUAUCCUCUUAUUUGACCUCACUUCACGGAAGACAUUUGAGAACAUCCAAAACUGGUACCAGGAAGUGACGGAGCGAGCCCAGCCUCAUCCUCUGAUUUUCUUACUGCUGGGAACCAAAAGUGACUUACGAGAUCUGCGAGAUGUCACUCGAGAGGAGGCACAAAAUAUAGCAAACUCUCUAAAUGCUCCAUAUCUAGAGACUUCUGCACGGACUGGCAGCAAUGUUUCUGCAGCCCUCUCUCUUAUAUGCAGAGAACUGCUACGAGCAGCAAGAGAAGAAAAAACAACCACAAUGGAGCACAGCAUGGUGGGAUUCUCAAUAGGCGAGGAGGCACAGACACAUAGGACCCUAUGCAUAUGCUGACAAGAAGCAA